UUUUCACUUUCCCCGGUCGUCUUCUUGAAAUAUUCUUCGUUCUAAUAAUGGCGAUCCGGUCGACCUACAAUCUGCUCCCCCUCUCCCUCCCCCUGCCAUCAAAACCCGAUACGAAAAUCAAAGACGUAAACUUUCCAUUUUAACCACAUCUCUCUCUCUCUAGAGGCGGAAGCCGACCUCUCAACUGAUGAAAAUCUCUACUCUCCGUGCGCUUCCGACAGGACGGCGCUGAGGAUCCCGUGGGAUCUCUCGAAGCAACCCGACCGAGAACUCGCGGGAGUCCCAGAAAAGCCGCUGACACGUUCUUUUCUCUCCCCUCCCCCCUCUGCCUUCGCUGCCUCUCCCAUCUCGAUUAGGUGGACUCUCAACCUCUGGUGAAUCGGAUACACUGCAUGCACGGCGUUGAAUUCCUCCCCCCAGCGAGGGUCGGUUCUCUCUGUCGAAGGGUGGGAGGUCCCAUUCCGCCUGUGAGGAUUUUUUCAGCGCCUGUCGUCGAGAGUUCCGUUGAACACUGCCCUCGCUCUCAAUCGCGCUCUGCUUUUUUGCUUCGAGCUGAAUAAAGAGAUCGGGGUGAUGGGGUUAAAUUGAUGGGCUCGCCAAGGAGGGUUCUUCUCAACAACCCGUUUGAUUUGGUGAGGAUGGGUCAUCGAAACGGGGGUGUGUACCGGAAUCUGGUUCUGUUUGCUGGGUCUUUCUGGGUCUACUUCACGUCCCUGUUCGGUACUCUGUUCUGGGUUGUCAACAGGUUCCUGAGACACAAAGAACGCGGGAUCCCUCACGAGGAAUUGAAUGAAAAUCCCGAUCCCGGAGGAUCGAUUGCUGCCGCCACUCAUGUUCCGGAAGAUAACGGCCCAAUUAGUUCAGGUACAGAGGAAGCAGCGGAUGAUGUUGCCGAAUGCGAGGGUUCGUCGCUUGAUAAAAUCACUCAGGAAAGCCCACCGAAGUUCUUGUCAUUCAAGUUUCGGACUUUUGAAGAAUUCGCUAAGGACGGUGCAAGUGGCGCCAAUUCCACUUUCCGGGGAAAGAAUCUCCCGUAUGAAUCGCUUUCCGAGGAGAAUUUCAGAGAGGAAACAGAGGAUUUGAGUUCUCCUGUGGAGGGCUGGAGUAUUGAUUCCGGAAUAGAUUCUUUUUCUGACAAAUUCAAUUGUACGUUCGAGUUUUCGCCCAGAAAGGGCGCUAUCAAAGAGAUAGAGGAACCAGAAUUUGUUCAUGAAGAAAAAUCUGAUCUUGCACAGGAGAAUUUCAACACGGAAAACAGAGCAUGGAUCAAGGAGGGCUUUUAUUCGCAGGAAGAGGUACUAAAGGAGCUCAAGAGCAAUUUGAUUGAUGAUAAAGAUGCUUAUGAGAAAUUCCAGUUCCUUUUAGAUAGAGACUUGCUUUUUUCGGACACGGACUCUGACUCCAUGAGCUCGAGCCAUGAUUUCUCGGUUAUGAGCCGCUUAUUGGAUUCCAACAGCGAUGAUUUCUUUUCAGAGAGAGAUCUCGACGAGGUUCAUGAGCAUCAAGAUGGGAACGUUGCCGACAGCGAUGCCGAUGAUGAAGACGAGGAAGAGCUCGAACAUUCCGAGAAACGACCACAUGACAAGGACUGCGAAAGUCCCAAGCUUGAAGAGUUGGAAGGCAAAGAGGGCGCAGAGGAUAAGAGCUACGACAAACCCGGUUCAGCGGACCACUCUGAAUUGGACGGCGAGGGCUCGAAUUGCGACCUCCUGUGGGAGCAUCAGGACUUGAUAGAGCAGCUCAGGAUGGAGCUGAAGAAGGUGAGAGCCACCGGCCUGCCCACGAUCCUCGAAGACUGCGAGUCCCCCAAAAUCACGGACGACUUGAAGCCGUGGAAGAUCGACGACAAAUUCCAGCGGGAAGAGAAGAUGGGCGAGCUCCACAAGAUUUACCGGAGCUACCGCGAGCGCAUGCGCAAGUUCGACAUCUUGAAUUACCAGAAGAUGUACGCACUAGGUUUUCUACGGUCAAAGGACCCGCUUAAGUCGCUCUCGAGACACAAUUCUACGGGCCCGGCAAUCGCUUCCCUUCUGUCACAGAGCUUUAAGUUGUGCAAGGAGAAGAAAUCUGAAAAUGACCCGACGAUGAAGUUCGUUAGAGAACUGCAUAGCGAUUUGGAGAUAGUGUAUGUUGGGCAAUUGUGCCUCUCUUGGGAAUUUCUUCACUGGCAAUAUGUGAGGGCUCUAGAGCUAUGGGAUUCGGACCAGUAUAAUGUGCGCCGAUACAACGAAGUGGCAGGAGAAUUUCAACAGUUACAAGUGCUCAUGCAGAGAUUUCUGGAGAACGAACAAUUUGAAGGCCCGAGGGUGCAAUAUUACGUCAAGACUCGAUGCCUUCAGCGCAAUCUCCUGCAGGUCCCUGUAAUGAGAGAGGACAGUUUGAAAAACAAAAGGAUGGCGAGAUUAAAAGGGAAAGGUGACUACGCCAUCAAUAGCGACGAGCUGAUAGAGAUCUUAGAAGAGUCUAUAAGAAUAUUUUGGCGAUUCAUCCGAGCAGACAAAGACUCAAGCGCUGCUGCUCAAAAGAUUCGAAAGAAGAGCCAACCGGAACUUCAGAAUCCAGCAGAUUUGGAACUGUUAACACAGGUCCAAGCCAUGCUUCAAAAGAAAGAGAAGAAACUGAAGGAGCUCUUGAGGGGUGGAAACUGUGUGUUGCGAAAGUUUCAAAAGCAUCAAGAAGAGACCUCAGACCAAGUCCUGUGCUUUUUUUCUCAAGUGGACAUGAAGCUAGUGAGGAGGGUGUUGAACAUGUCAAGAUUAACGUCUGACCAAUUAACGUGGUGUAGCAGCAAGUUGAGCAAGAUCGUGUUCGUUCACCGGAAACUACACAUAGAGCCCUCGUUUUCACUUUUCCCAUGUUGAUAUAUAUAGCAGCAUAGCAAUUUGUUACACUUUUGUAGCUAGAUCUCUGAUUAGUUGGGCAUAAGUUAGAAGAGUCUUCUUGAGAAAUUUUUUACCCCAUGUACAGCUUCUGUAAAGGGCAAUUAGAAAGGAAAUUCUUUCUAUCGAGAGGAAAAUAUUGGUCAAAAGCGGCGUGCUUUUUGGACCUCGUCUUCUCAAAUUGAGUUUCACCCCAAGAGGAAAAAAAAGAACAGAAACAAAGCAAUAAUUUUCUCCUGUCAAAA